UUUCUAUGACUAGAUGUAGUAUAGAAAGCGGGUAGAAGUUGUGCAUUUCAUUUCGCUCUCUUUCACAUUGUGAUUAUCAAAAAAGUAAUUGUUUUACUAAAAGAUGUAUGUCGAAAAAAGUCGUGCAAUGGUUUUCACAGUUGAUGGUGAAAAACCUGCUACAAAAGGUGCAGUCAACGGUUCUGAGCCAAAACAAUACUCCUUCGAUGAGGUGAUCGACAUUAUUGGGUUCGGUAGAACGACUCUGCAAGUCUUUGUGGCAUCAUCUAUAGUCAUGAUGGCAGUAUUGAACGAAACAAUGGGCAUUUCGAUCGUGAUCCCAGCAGCCCAGUGUGAUCUCAAUCUCUCAUCAACCGACAAAGGCAUCUUAACUGGGGUGAGUUUUGGAGGUAUCAUCGUGUCGUCACACUUCUGGGGUUAUAUAGCAGACACGAAAGGUCGCCGGAGCACACUCAUCGUUUCAUUAUUGUUGACCGCCACCUGUGCGCUAGUGUCGAGUUUUUCCAUCAAUUUUACCAUGAUGGCGGUUAUGCGUUUCCUGGUCGGAAUAUUUAUUUCAGCUCCAUCGGCGACCAUUUUCGCUUACCUGGGAGAGUUCUUCAAAACUGAAAACCGAACCAUGGUAAUCACCUACGCCAGCGUGGCCGUGGGACUAUCAGGUGUCUUCACUGCAACAACCGGGUGGUACGUACUUUCGUUUGACUGGUCACUAACGUUACCCAACAUAAACUUUGUUAUGCACCCUUGGCGGCUUCUGUUCAUCGUCUACACACUGCCCACUCUGGCCGGAGCUUGUUGGCUGAUAGUACUGCCCGAAAGUCCAAAAUUUUAUCUGUCCCGUGGCCGUCAGUCCGAGGCAUUCGUCGUUCUUCUGCGUCUCUAUCUAGAAAAUCAUCCGAAAGCGACUGCGCAAGACUUCGAUGUGAAACAUAUUAUUCCUGAAGCGGGCCAGAAGAGUCGAAACACACUAUCCGGAUCCACAGGUGGUUUCUGGCAGAUUGUUAAGAGUGUUUACAAUCAGACAGUUCCUCUGUUCAAACGGCCCAACUUGGGCAACUUCGUCAUUUGCUGCGUGGUCCAAUUCGGACUAUUUGUUGUAUCCGCCGGCAUGGGGCUUUGGUUCCCGGACAUAGUAAAUCGAAUAACCACGUCAAACGCCACGGAUGUAACGGUAUGUGAGGCGUUAGGAUCUAGUUCGUCUUACACGAACGCAACUGAAAGUUACGAAGAGUUCCCUAGCAGAGACGCCUGUAACAACACCGUUAACGAAAGGGUUUUCAUAUAUGCGAUAGCACUGGGCGGACUGUACACGAUAUUAUAUCUCGUUAUGUCGACAUUAAUGCAAAUCGUUGGUCGCAAGUGUGUGGUCGGGUUCAAUCUGUUUUUUUCCGGAUUUUCCGGGAUAGUUUUGCAGUUCGUGGGCAAUCCAUACGCCAUGGUUUCCCUGUUCUGCUCGUUCCUUGUAUUCGCCGGAACAUCGAUUUCGAUUCUAAACGGUGCUACUGUGUCGAUGUUUCCGACCAACGUACGAGCUAUGGCCGUCUGCCUGAGCCUUAUGAUGGGUCGUUUGGGCAGUGUUUUCGGAAGCAACCUGGUGGGGCUUAUUAUGGAGCAAAACUGUACUCUCACUUUCUAUCUCUUUGCAAGCGGGUCCAUCAUUUGCGCAGUCUUGACACUGAUUCUGCCCAGCUAAUGCUACAAAUAUACACAUAUCCGUGAAAGUUGAUCUUUUGUAUGUGUUUGAAACUGAAUAAUGUUCUGUAACAAAUUGUUCAAUAACUGUAAUAAAGUAUUCCUGCCUGUUGCACGUGA